AUGGACAACCGCCCGGGCUUCAGCCUCCAUCAUCAGCAUGUCCUCCUCCAAGACCUCCUCCGCAACAACAUCACCCGGCCAACACCUAGGCAAUUUAUCCCCCUCCGUGGCCCAACGCAACACUGCUUCCUCCAGCGCUUCCUCCACGACAUCCUCCGAAUCCCCGACCAGUCCCCGGACCACCUCUCCCUCCGCGACCUUCUCCAGUCCACCUGCCUCCUCCUUCUCCUCCUCAUCCGACCCAUCUCGACACUCCCGAACUCGAAACCAACCAUAUCCUCCCACCAACCUCCCCGCGCCGCAAUCCUCGGCGCCGGCAUCUCCGGCCUCUCCGCCUCCCUCGCCCUCCGUCGAGCCGGCUGGUCAUGCACCAUCUUCGAGCGAUCCCUCUUCUCCAACGAGACCGGCGCAGCCAUCACUCUACCUCCCAACGCGUCUCUCUGCUUGUCAAGAUGGGGAUUCGACUUUGAGAAAACCGAAGCGGUGGCGAACUGGAGCAGUCGGUUGGCGAGGGCGGACACGUUGGAGGUUGUGCUGAGGGAGGAGUAUAAAGGGUUUGGGUUUCAUGUUGGUCAAGGCCCCAUGGGUCUUGGGACAACGGGGAAAGGGGGCGGGUGUUGGGGUGUUCACAGGGCUGGUUUACAUUUGGAGUUGAGGGAGUUGGUGAUGAAGGAUGGGAUACAUGUACAUGGAGACAUGAUGGAUAACGGCAUAGAGAGGAACGGGGAAAGUGGAAAAGUGCUAGAUGGAGGUCCGGUAGACAUUGAACUGGGCAGAGAGGUCGUGGGGUUGGAUUGCGAAAAGGGAGUGAUUGAGUUCAAAGACGGAACAAAGCUGGAAGGAUGGGAUUUGGUUGUUGUUGCAGAUGGUGCUCACUCCAGACUACUCCCCUUCAUUCUCCCCCCCUCCCUGGGGCUGCUCGACCCCAAACUACAGAACUCCGAUCCACAGGAACCACAGGCCCCUCAACCCAACACCAACCCCCAGCCCUUAGCCCAAGUCCGUCCAACAGGCCGCUCCAUAUACCGCUUCCUCCUCCCCCUCUCUCCCCAAUCUCCCCUCCUUACAAACCCUCACUUCCGUCCACACUUCCUUCCAUACACCCAGGCGGUCCCCUUCCCGGCGUUUUUGUCAUGGCACGAUCCUAUUAAGGAUGUUCUCUGGGUAUCUUACCCCUGUCGUGGCGGGCGUGUGAUCAACAAUGCUAUUGUGCAUAAUACGCAGAGGCAUAAGGAGCUGGGUGAGGCGGAUGGGGCACCUGGUGGUAGUGGUAAUGCGAAUGGUUGGUCGACUCCCGUAAAGAAGGAGGACGUGUUGAAGCUCGUGAGCGGGUUCCAUGAGAGUGUACGGAGUUUGGUUGAGAUGGCCUAUGCCAACACCGACACCGACACCGAUGAGCAGGACCUUGAAGUGGGAGGUGAUACUUCCAAGGAAAAAGGAACGGGAACGGUUGAAAAAGGCAUCAUCCUUCACCACCUCUUCACGCGCCCUCCGCUUCGCUCCUUCAUCCGCGGCCGCGCAGUAGUAAUAGGCGACGCAGCGCACGUCAUGCUCCCCACGCACGCCGCGGCGGGUGCCAUCGCUAUUGAAUCUGCGGCCAUGAUGGAGGUCUUGUUUCGCGAGUUUCCCUCUGCCUCUCCCUCUACUUCUACUUCCCCCUCCUCAUGUGCAUCUGACCAUUCACAACUCGCAAAAUUCGUCCAGCGCCGCCUGAACCUCUUCGAUCAGCUUCGUGUCCCAAGGUGUAACUUGACAAUGUUGGCGUCGAAUGCUGGACCGAAGUGGCUGAAUGUCAAAGGAGUGGAGGAGGAGGUGAGGCGGUUUUAUAAAGGGCGGUUACCGGGUAAGGAUGCGUUGCCGUGGACCAAGGAGUUUAGGGAGGUGUUGUUUUGUUAUGAUGCUUUUGAGGAGGCGGAGAGGGCGGUGAGGAGGGAACUUGAAGAGGAGGCGGUAAGAAAAGAAGAGAGGGAAGAGGAUGAGGUAGCCGCUGCGGUCUCCGGUUCAGCUGAGGCCAAGGAAGAUUCGGAGGUGAAGAUCCCCGAUGUCAAGGUCUCGAUGAUGGAGGCCGAGAACAUGUGA